AGUUUGCUCCAGCAGCGAGACAGAGAGCGAAGCCGGAGAUCUUUUAGAGCAACAGUUUGAGGAGCUGAACAACAACAACCUCCCAACGGGCUACCUCCGCAUGGUGUCCAGAAAUAACCGCUUCAACAGGAGCUGUCGGAGUAUGACGAGCCUUUACAGUACUACAGUGUCUCCUGUGAAGGAUGGCUUAUCCUCCCCGCUGUAUCGACCCAUUCAUGCUGGCAAACCUCCUCUACGAGCCCUUUAUGACUUACUCAUCGCACCCAUGGAAGGGGGCCUGAUGCACAGCAGUGGACCCGUUGGCAGGAACAGACAGCUUGUUGUAGUUCUGGAGGGAGAAUUGUACCUGAUCCCAUUCGCCUUGCUUAAGGGCAGCUCGUCUAAUGAGUACCUGUAUGAAAGGUUUAAUAUCAUUUCCGUCCCUUCACUGGCCAGCCUGCAAGCUGCGAGCAAGGCUCGUCCUCGCUCCAGUGGGGCUUCUCUUUCUCCAGGUGGAGGGUCGGUGGCUGCAGUAGUUGGGGCCCCUCGCCUGCCUCCUAGUGUCAUGGACCGCUGGCUGUGGGGGCCCUUACCCUCUGCCCAAGAGGAGGCUCUGUCGCUGGGGGAACAGCUGGGCUGUCGUCCCCUGACCGGAGCGAACGCCACCAAGGAGCGUGUUUUAGCGGCUCUGAAUCAGGCAGAGUGUGUUCACUUUGCAACUCAUAUAUCCUGGAAGCUCGCCGCAGUGGUUCUCGCCCCCAGCCAAGAGCACACCUUAGGGGAUGUGCCCAGCAGCCGGCGAAAGGAGAACACGCUGAUUGGAACGUCGACGUUAGGAGAAGCUGUGGAUCAGGAAGGGAAGACAGAGCAUUUGUUUCCCAGGACUUACAGCAGCCCAGAGAGGCUCAGAGGAAUGGAGGAAAGAAGUGAGGAUGGGGAGAGUGUCUGUGGAAUGGAGGGGGCGUGCGACAGUGCACCGCUUCACGACUUCCUCCUCACUGCUGCCGAUAUCCUGGACCUGUGCCUCUCAGUCAAACUGGUGGUUCUGAGGUUGUACCCGGAGUCCAGCUGCCGAGUCACGGCUGAUGGAUUAGUGGGUCUGACCCAUGCCUUCUUGGCUGCAGGCGUUCAGUGUGUGUGCGUCUCUCUGUGGCCGGUGCAGAUCGCCGCCUCCAAACUCUUCAUGCACACUUUCUACGCUGCCCUCCUGAGUGGAACCAAAGCCAGCGUGGCUCUGACAGAGGCCAUGAAGAACCUGCAGAGCAGCAAGCACUUCUCACACCCCUCCAACUGGGCUGGCUACAUGCUGAUAGGCAGCGAUGUGAAGCUGAACAGUCCCAUGUCGCUGGUCGGACAGGCCUUGGCAGAGAUCCUGCAGUACCCAGAGAAAGCCAGGGAUGCCCUCAGGGUGCUGCUGCACUUGGUGGAAAAGUCCCUGCAGCGCAUUCAGAGCGGCCACUGUAACCCGAUGUACACAUCACAGCAAAGCGUGGAGAACAAGGUCGGGGGAGUUCCCGGGUGGCAGGCCCUCCUGUCCGCGGUGGGUUUCCGGCUGGAAGUCUCCGGCUGCGCUGCCGGCCUCCCUGCCGCUGUGUUUUUCCCAACGUCUGACCCUGGAGAUCAUCUGCAGCAGUGCAGCACCACCCUGCAGUCACUGCUCGGUCUGAGCCCUCCGGCUCUGCAGGCUCUCUGUAAACUGGUCACAACGUCUGAAGCAGGAGAACAGCUCAUUCACAAGGCAGUUAAAAGCAUGGUGGGGAUGCUUCAUCAGGUGCUGGUGCAGCUGCAGUCGGGCGACAAAGACCAAGACUUCCCUCUGGCUCCCGUUCAGGUAUCGAUAAGCGUCCAGCUCUGGAGGCUCCCGGGUUGCCAUGAGUUCCUGGCUGCACUCGGCUUUGAUCUGUGUGAGGUCGGUCAGGAGGAAGUCGUGUUAAAGACUGGAAAACAAGCCAGCAGGCGGAACAUGCAUUUUGCACUUCAGGCUCUUCUUGCCCUGUUCGAUUCCACAGAGCUUCCCAAGCGGCUGAGCAUGGACAGCUCCUCGUCCCUGGAGUCUCUGUCCUCCUCGCAGUCGGCCUCCCAGCCUCACUCUCUGCCCGUCUCUCUCAGCUGCUUCCCACCUCAGCCCUCCUUCGCACCGCCAGGCUGCUCAGACAACCUCUCCUGUGACGCCAUCUCCGUCUACAGCCUCAGCUCCCUCGCCUCCUCUCUCAGCUUCCUUUCCCGCCCUGAGCCGGCGGGAAGCGACAUCAUCAGCCAUCGCUCACAUCAACAGGAGCCAGAGAAGCAGGUGGGAGGACCGGGCCCGCACCCCUCUCACCGCCAUGCAGGCGGCCUGUCCAGGGGCCGGCUGACCAAUCACAGAGGAGCGCUGGCGGGAGUCGAUGACGAGGAGUACGAGGGCUUCUCCAUUAUAAGCAGCGAGCCGCUGGGACGCGCAGGGAGGGAAUGCGACACGCUGCCGCUCCCCGCGGGACAUCGAACCGGCAGAGGGGGUUCUGGGAGAGGAUGCGCGGCGGGCCAGACUCUGACGCUGUCCUCCAAGGGGAGCCUCAGCACGCCGACCUCCCCGCUUAAAGCUCCUCCGCUGAUGCUGACGGAUCCUACAAACCAUAAAAUCUCUCUGCCUAAGCGAACGGUUAAAGGGAAAGCCAGCAGCUCAGAGUCGGACCAGUCCAGCACUGAAACAGACAGCACCGUUAAGUCCCAGGAAGAGAGGAUGGGACCCGCCGGACAGCUGGAUCCCCACGAACUGGCCAAAAAGAUCCUGGAGGAAACCCACAACCACAUGCAAGCCGUGGAGACGCUGCAGAAAGCAAACAACCGUGUGAAAGCAGUGAGAGGAGCCGAGGGCCAGGAGGAUCCUCUCGCCAGGCAGCCGUCUCUGUCCACGCCCACCACGCCAACGUUUAAGCCCUCCAGAGGAGCGUGUGGCUUCCAGCCGUCAAAGACCAGCGCUUUUAGCAGACCUCCCAGCAGAGCCAGCCUGAAAACCUGCUCCUCUCCUUUCUCCGUCCGCAAGCAUCUUUCUACCCUCCCCAUCUCUGAUCCAAGGCCUCCUCUGACUCCUCCUAAACCACCGUCCCGUUCGUCAUCGCUGCAGAAGAUCAACACGUCCUCUCCUUCUACUCCUUCCUCGUCUCUCCCUGUGAGGGAGAAGAACUCUCCGCUCCUUUUCGCCUCCUCAGACAAGCAUCGCAAACUGAAACACUCAGACUCAUCCUACAGCUGCGACGUAUCGCCUUUUCGCUGUCCCGCCAACAGCGCCCCAUCUCCAGCCUUCUCCUAUUCCUCCACAGGCUCCGUCUCCUCCUCCUCCAGCCCGGCGAACGCCCCUGAUCCCGGCCAGCCAAAGCAGGACACCAAGGUCCAGGGAAUGAACAACCUGAAGGCCUUCUGGACCGGCGUGGGCCAGAAACAGGAGGCGCCGGCUUUACUCAGAGGUGGGAAUAAAAAAAUGAGCACAGUUCAGAAAGAUGUUCUGGGUUUGCUGAAUCUCUCGCCCAGACGCGCGUCCGGCAGGAAACAUGAGGAAAACCCCAAACUAGAGCCCAAACCUCCUCUGGCUCCAUCGGCGAAUCUUCCAACAAACACUAAAGGAGGCGUCAAGCUUCCCUCUGGGAACGGAUACAAGUUUCUCUCACCUGGACAGUUUUUUCCAUCUUCGAAAUGUUAAAAGUUUUUAGAUUGAUGAAUCCUCAGGAAGCAGAUUCAUCUGGGGAGGGGGGGGCUGCCCCCUUUUUCAGUGAAAUACAAUUUUACCAAAUCCCUGCUGAAGAUGAGAUGUAAAAAGGACAGUUUAAUACUGACCUGACUUUUUUUAUGUGUGUGUGUGUGGGUGGGUGGGUGUGUGUGUAUAUGUGUGUGUACAGUGCCUAGCAAAAUUAUCAAUUUCCUUUGAAAUUGAUAAUUUUGUGUGAAUACUUUCACAUUUCAUCAUGUUACAGCAGCAAGCAGCAUCUAAUUGAAUUUAUAAAACAGACUAAGAGGUUGAUCCUGGUGAAAUAGAAUUACUUUCACACCGUUUUUAUUUUUUUCUCAGUUAUAAAAGCCUGUAAAACAUUAGCUGCUUUUCCAUCAACAGUCGAAUUGCACAAAUUAAAAUGAUAAAAAAAAUACAUUUUCUGAUUCAAAAGUGUUAAUGUUUUUCGGUUACAUUGAAAUUAAUAUAUUUUUUGCAUAACAUGAUCUACAGCUGGACCUUACUGCCUUGUAGACAAACAAAGAGGCUGACUGGCUGACCCCUCUGCUAGCUGGAAACAUUUAUUUUUCUGACUCAUGAUUAUUUUCUAAGCCGGUUUUGCAUCUUGAAUUUUGUUUCCCUUUCAACUUAAAGCUACAGUGCGUAAUUCACUGCCCGCCCCUGCUUAUCCCCCUCUAACAAUACCGAGGCCUUCAUGGUACAAAAUGGCUUCCACAACGUCCACAUCUAGUUUUGUAUUUAUUUGGUCGGUAUAGACUUUAUAGGCCUAACUUGCCUUAGUCACUUUCCAGCCUAACAGCGAUCUCUACAGUCACUAGUUUGUCACCUCUGAGCUGCCGUAGAGCAAAGGUGUCUGUAGUUACGAUGGGUUAUUUCUAAGGUAAACAUAAAGAUUGAGACUUUCACUUCAUAGAUGAUAAUACAUAAGAUACUUAUGUAUAAUAUACACAUAAGUAUCUUACUUGUAUAUAUAUAUAUAUAUAUAUAUAUAUAUAUAUAUAUAUAUAUAUAUAUAUAUACA